CUCCCUCUUCCCAGCUCUUCCUCGGCCACCACCAGCGCCCGCCUUGGCUCCCCAUCCCAAAGCCCCCUCCCCGGAGCGGAGCCCACCGAGGGCCCCUCUCCCGUCCCCCAGCCCAGCCGCCCGGCUAGAACAGCAGCCGCGGGGGACAGCCCCCCGCCAGCCUGCCUCCCCGAGCCCAGCCCUGCCGGAACCCCCACCAUGAACCUCUUCCGAUUCCUGGGCGACCUCUCCCACCUCCUAGCCAUCAUUUUGCUACUGCUUAAAAUCUGGAAGUCCCGCUCUUGCGCUGGGAUUUCGGGGAAGAGCCAGGUUCUGUUUGCCGUGGUGUUCACUGCCCGCUACCUGGACCUCUUCACCAACUACAUCUCACUCUAUAACACAUGCAUGAAGGUGGUCUACAUUGCUUGCUCCUUCACCACAGUCUGGAUGAUUUACAGCAAAUUCAAAGCCACUUAUGACGGGAACCACGACACAUUCCGGGUGGAGUUCCUCGUUGUUCCCACGGCCAUCCUGGCGUUCCUGGUCAACCAUGACUUUACCCCUCUGGAGAUCCUCUGGACUUUCUCCAUCUACCUGGAGUCAGUCGCCAUCCUGCCACAGCUGUUCAUGGUGAGCAAGACGGGCGAGGCAGAGACCAUCACCAGCCACUACUUGUUUGCACUGGGCGUCUACCGCACACUCUAUCUCUUCAACUGGAUUUGGCGCUACCACUUUGAGGGCUUCUUUGACCUCAUCGCCAUCGUGGCAGGCCUGGUCCAGACGGUCCUCUACUGCGAUUUCUUCUACCUCUACAUCACCAAAGUCCUAAAGGGGAAGAAGCUAAGCUUGCCGGCAUAGCCCGGGCCCUUGCCACCCCUCUCCUUGGCGGCAGCUGCAAGACGCAGAGGGAGGCGAGGAAAGACGAGAGCCUUCCUGCAAGACGAAGAAAGAGCCUUCCCGCCCAGGGGUGACUUUUUAAAGAACCAGCCUCUCCCCGCUCCCCAGUCCCCUCCUGCCUGGCUUCAGGGGGCAGUGGAGGCCCCAAGUCUUGGGGAACUCAGGACCUGGGCUGUUUGUAGCUUUUUGCCUUUUAGAGAAGAAAAAAAAAUAUUUCCACUAUUUAGUUUUUGAUUCUGAUGACUCCUUUCUCUUCUACUCUCUGGUCCCGAUUUUUAUAAACUGUUUUUGAGUGGGGGUCGGGGAGGUGGGCGGGACGGGGUUGAGAUCUUUUCCCUCCCCCAGGCCCCUUGACUCCCUUCCAGAUCCCACCCCCCCAGCCCCGCUGGUUGCCAAACACUAAAUCUGCUGACACGGGCCUGCUGCCCUUCUCCCAGCCUCCCCCCACCCAAACUUCUGGGGUGGGGACAAGGAGGAGGGGAGGGAAGGUCUCCCCUUAUUUUUCAUAAUAAUGUUUAUCUAGACUUUGGGUUUUUUGGUCUUGUCCUCAUUUUUUGGCAGUUCAGUGGGGCAAGGAGCCAGGCGUGGGAAGGGGGCCGGCCUGAGGGUCACUGGCUCGACUGCCGUGUUUUUGUACAGAAUUGAUGGUUGAUUCUUUGUUCUCUUGAAAUAAACUGAGGAAAAUGA